GGGAAGACCCCGAGGCCCGGCGACUGCGGACAGUGAAGAACAUUGCCGACCUGCGGCAGAAUUUGGAGGAGACCAUGUCCAGUUUACGGGGAACUCAGGUUACACACAGCACAUUAGAAACCACAUUUGACACCAACGUCACCACGGAGGUCAGCGGGCGCAGCAUCCUCAGCUUGACGGGCAGGCCCACUCCUCUGUCCUGGAGACUCGGCCAGUCCAGCCCUCGGCUCCAAGCAGGAGACGCCCCCUCCAUGGGCAACGGGUACCCGCCUCGAGCCAACGCCAGCCGGUUCAUCAACACCGAGUCGGGCCGCUACGUGUACCCUGCCCCUCUGAGGAGGCAGCUGGCGUCCAGGGGCAGCAGCGUGUGCCACGUGGACGUCUCUGACAAGGCCGGAGACGAGAUGGACCUGGAGGGCCUCAGCGUGGACGCCCCCGGCUACAUGAGCGAUGGGGACGUCCUGAGCAAGAACAUCCGGACGGACGACAUCACCAGCGGGUACAUGACCGAUGGCGGACUUGGCCUCUACACCCGCCGCCUGAACCGACUCCCUGAUGGGAUGGCUGUAGUGCGGGAGACCCUGCAAAGAAACACCUCCCUGGGCCUCGGAGACGCCGACAGCUGGGAUGACAGCAGCUCCGUCAGCAGCGGGAUCAGCGACACCAUAGACAACCUCAGCACUGAUGACAUCAACACCAGCUCCUCCAUCAGCUCCUAUGCCAACACACCUGCUUCUUCUCGCAAAAACCUGGAUGUGCAGACCGACGCGGAGAAGCACUCGCAGGUGGAGAGGAACUCCCUCUGGUCGGGCGAUGAUGUCAAGAAGUCCGACGGAGGGUCAGACAGCGGCAUAAAGAUGGAGCCGGGGUCCAAGUGGCGGCGGAAUCCCUCGGACGUGUCUGAUGAGUCUGACAAAAGCACGUCGGGCAAGAAGAACCCUGUCAUCUCCCAAACGGGCUCGUGGCGGCGAGGCAUGACCGCUCAGGUGGGCAUCACCAUGCCGAGGACGAAGCCGGCUGCCCCGGCGGGCACGCUCAAGACGGCGGGAACCGGAAAAACCGACGAUGCGAAGGUGUCCGAGAAAGGAAGGCUCUCUCCCAAAGCCUCCCAGGUGAAGCGCUCCCCGUCCGACGCCGGCCGCAGCAGCGGGGACGAAUCCAAAAAGCCCCUCCCCGGCAGCGCCAGGACGCCCACUGCCAAUGCCAACAGCUUUGGGUUCAAGAAGCAGAGUGGCUCGGCCGCCGGUCUGGCCAUGAUCACGGCCAGCGGGGCCACCGUCACCAGCAGGUCAGCCACCCUGGGCAAAAUCCCAAAGUCGUCGGCACUUGUGGGUCGGUCCACUGGCCGGAAGACGAGCAUGGACGGGGCUCAGAACCAGGACGACGGGUACCUGUCCCUCAGCUCCCGGACAAACUUGCAGUACCGGAGUUUGCCGCGGCCCAGUAAGUCCACCAGCCGCAAUGGGGCUGGGAACAGGUCUAGUACCAGCAGCAUCGAUUCCAACAUCAGCAGCAAGUCCGCAGGCCUGCCGGUGCCCAAGCUGAGGGAGCCUUGCAAAACGGCCCUGGGCAGCUCUCUGCCGGGUCUGGUCAACCAGACGGACAAAGAGAAAGGCAUCUCAUCCGACAACGAGAGCGUGGCUUCCUGUAACUCAGUGAAGGUGAACCCGGCAGCCCAGCCUGUGUCUAGUGCGGCUCAGGCCACUCUCCAGCCGGGCGCCAAGUACCCUGACGUGGCCUCUCCCACGCUCCGCAGACUCUUUGGUGGGAAGCCUAGCAAGCAAGUGCCCAUGGCCACAGCUGAAAACAUGAAAAACGUGGUGGUCCUCUCCAAUCCUCAUGCCACCUUGACCCAGCCAGGUAACUUAGAGUCCCCCUCGGGCAGCGGCGCCCUGAGCAGCGGGAGCAGCAGUCCUCUCUACAGUAAGAAUGUGGACAUCAACCAGUCUCCGCUAGCCUCCAGCCCCAGCUCAGCCCACUCAGGCCCCUCCAACAGCCUCACCUGGGGCACCAACGCCAGCAGCUCCUCAGCAGUUAGCAAGGGCUUCCAGUCCGUCAGCAGCCUGCACACCAGCUGUGAGUCCAUCGACAUCUCCCUCAGCAGUGGAGGGGGGCCGAGCCACAACUCCUCCUCGGGCCUCCUCGCCUCCUCUAAGGACGACUCCCUGGCUCCCUUUGUGCGAACCAACAGUGUGAAGACCACACUGUCCGAAAGCCCUCUCUCCUCCCCUGCCGCUAGCCCUAAGUUCUGCAGAAGUACUUUGCCCAGGAAACAGGACAGUGACCCGCACCUUGAUAGGAACACUUUGCCUAAGAAAGGACUCAGGUACACCCCCACCUCCCAGCUCCGCACACAAGAAGACGCAAAAGAAUGGUUACGGUCCCACUCUGCAGGAGGCCUGCAGGACACGGCUGCCAAUUCCCCUUUCUCCUCCGGCUCCAGCGUCACUUCUCCCUCCGGAACGAGGUUCAACUUCUCUCAGCUUGCGAGUCCCACCACUGUCACCCAGAUGAGCUUGUCCAACCCGACCAUGCUGAGGACCCACAGCCUCUCCAAUGCUGAUGGGCAGUAUGACCCAUACACCGACAGCCGCUUCCGGAAUAGCUCCAUGUCCCUGGAUGAGAAGAGCAGAACCAUGAGCCGCUCGGGCUCCUUCCGGGAUGGGUUUGAAGAAGUUCAUGGAUCCUCACUCUCUUUGGUUUCCAGCACAUCGUCCAUUUAUUCAACACCAGAAGAAAAAUGCCAGUCAGAGAUUCGCAAACUGCGGCGGGAGCUGGAUGCCUCCCAGGAAAAGGUUUCAGCUUUGACCACCCAGCUGACAGCAAAUGCUCACCUCGUAGCAGCCUUUGAACAGAGUCUUGGAAACAUGACAAUCAGGCUCCAGAGUUUGACCAUGACGGCUGAGCAGAAGGAUUCAGAACUGAAUGAGUUAAGAAAAACCAUUGAGUUGCUAAAGAAACAGAAUGCAGCUGCCCAGGCUGCCAUUAAUGGAGUAAUUAACACUCCGGAGCUCAACUGCAAAGGAAAUGGUACCUCCCAGUCUGCAGACCUCCGCAUCCGCAGGCAGCACUCCUCCGACAGCGUGUCCAGCAUCAAUAGCGCCACCAGCCACUCCAGCGUGGGCAGCAACAUAGAAAGCGAUUCAAAGAAAAAGAAGAGAAAGAAUUGGGUCAAUGAGUUACGCAGCUCCUUCAAGCAAGCGUUCGGGAAGAAGAAGUCCCCCAAGUCGGCGUCCUCUCAUUCAGACAUCGAGGAGAUGACGGACUCUUCUUUGCCUUCCUCACCAAAGUUACCGCACAACGGCUCCUCGGGUUCCACGCCACUGCUCAGGACCUCCCACUCCAACUCCCUCAUUUCGGAGUGCAUGGAUAGUGAGGCGGAGACGGUCAUGCAGCUCCGGAAUGAGCUGAGAGACAAAGAGAUGAAACUGACGGACAUCCGCCUUGAAGCCCUCAGCUCUGCACACCAGCUCGACCAACUCCGGGAGGCCAUGAACAGGAUGCAGAGUGAAAUAGAGAAGCUGAAAGCUGAGAAUGACCGGCUAAAGUCAGAGUCUCAAGGCAGCGGCUGCAGCCGGGCGCCCUCCCAGGUGUCCCUCUCGGCCUCCCCGAGGCAGUCCAUGGGCCUCUCCCAGCACAGCCUGAACCUCACUGAGUCAACCAGCCUGGACAUGUUGCUGGAUGACACUGGUGAAUGCUCGGCUCGGAAGGAAGGAGGCAGGCAUGUUAAGAUAGUUGUCAGCUUUCAGGAGGAAAUGAAGUGGAAGGAGGAUUCCAGGCCACACAUCUUUCUUAUUGGCUGCAUUGGAGUGAGUGGCAAGACGAAGUGGGAUGUGCUCGAUGGGGUGGUUAGACGGCUGUUCAAAGAAUACAUCAUUCACGUCGACCCAGUGAGUCAGCUCGGGCUGAAUUCGGACAGUGUGCUGGGCUACAGCAUCGGGGAAGUCAAGCGCAGCAACACCUCCGAGACCCCCGAGCUGCUGCCCUGUGGCUACCUGGUGGGAGAGAACACCACCAUCUCCGUGACCGUCAAAGGGCUCGCGGAGAACAGCCUGGACUCGCUGGCGUUCGAGUCCCUGAUCCCCAAGCCCAUCCUGCAGCGCUACGUCUCCCUGCUGGUGGAGCACCGGCGCAUCAUUCUCUCCGGCCCCAGCGGCACCGGGAAGACCUACCUGGCCAACCGGCUGUCCGAGUACCUGGUGCUUCGGGAGGGACGAGAGCUGACAGACGGGGUCAUCGCCACCUUCAACGUGGACCACAAGUCCAGCAAGGAAUUGCGCCAGUACCUGUCCAACCUCGCCGACCAGUGCGCCAGUGAGAACAACGCUGCGGACAUGCCCCUCGUCAUCAUCCUGGACAACCUGCACCAUGUCAGCUCCCUGGGCGAGAUCUUCAAUGGGCUGCUCAGCUGCAAGGACCACAGAUGCCCUUACAUAAUCGGCACAAUGAACCAGGCUACCUCUUCCACUCCCAACCUGCAGCUCCACCACAACUUCAGGUGGGUGCUUUGCGCCAACCACACGGAGCCCGUGAAGGGUUUCCUUGGCCGGUUCCUGAGGCGGAAGCUCAUGGAGACGGAGAUCAGUGGGCGGGUGCGGAAUGUGGAGCUGGUGAAAAUCAUCGACUGGAUUCCCAAGGUCUGGCAUCACCUCAACCGCUUCCUGGAGGCUCACAGCUCCUCAGACGUCACCAUAGGCCCCCGGCUCUUCCUGUCAUGCCCCAUCGACGUGGAUGGCUCCAGGGUGUGGUUCACCGACUUGUGGAACUACUCAAUUAUCCCCUAUCUCCUGGAAGCCGUCAGGGAAGGACUCCAGCUCUACGGAAGGCGGGCCCCCUGGGAGGACCCUGCCAAGUGGGUGAUGGACACCUACCCCUGGGCGGCCAGCCCGCAGCAGCACGAGUGGCCUCCCCUGCUGCAGCUCCGGCCCGAGGAUGUCGGCUUCGACGGCUACUCCAUGCCUCGGGAGGGCUCGGCCAGCAAGCAGAUGCCCCCCAGCGACGCUGAAGGAGACCCGCUGGCAUGA